AUGGCUCUAACGUAUAUUGAUAUUUUAAAGCGAAUAUCUUUCGCAAUAAAUAAUUACAUUUUUCAGUUUUGCCUGAAACCAGAGCAAGUCAUAUGUUUGGAAGCUUUGUUAAAGGGGAAUGAUGUGGUGGCAGUUCUGCCUACUGGAUUUGGAAAAUCAAUUAUUUUUUAUUUACUUGCUGAUCUCUUCCCAGUUAAAAAUGAAAAGAAUAUUGUUUUGGUCAUCAGCCCUUUAACUUCCAUUAGAAAUGAUCAGGUGAAAUACUUGAAUGGGAUUGGUUUUUGUGCUGCUGUAUUGAACUUGGAACAGAGGAAGUUUCAGCCAGAUGAGAGCUUGUUUGGAAGUAAUGGUGCAGUGGAGGAUGACGACGAUGACGACGAUGAUACAAAUAUUACAAUUGAUUGUGGUAUUAAAAACGGAUAUAUUAAGAUUUUAUUUGCCCAUCCAGAAACCUUUUUAUCUGAUCAAUUUUAA